AUUCCUUAUGCUGAACCACCCGUUCAUGACUUGAGAUUUAAAAAGCCGGUGCCUAUCAAGAAGUGGACACAACCUAUAGAUGCGACCAAAUGGCCGAACCCUUGCUAUCAAUUGCCACUUAUUAUAAUUUCAAUGAAAAAUAAUAACUUCAGUGAAGAUUGUCUUUAUUUGAAUAUUUGGUCACCAAUUAGUUCCCAAUCUGAUGACAGUUUAAAGGCAGUCAUGUUUUUCAUACAUUCCGGUGCCUUUCUUUACGGCACUUCCAGUGAUGAACACAUUGAAGGCCUGGCAUUGUCUGCGAUGGGAGAUGUAGUGGUCGUCACUAUUAACUAUAGGUUAAAUACGUUUGGAUUUCUAUAUACGGGAACCGAUGAGAGUCCGGGAAAUAUGGGUUUAUUAGACCAGUCAUUAGCUCUGGAAUGGGUUAAUGACAAUAUCAGGUACUUUGGCGGCGAUUCCCACAGAAUAACAGUGUUUGGCGAAAGUUCCGGUGCCUGGGCUACCAGUUUGCACAUCAUAUCUCCCAUUAAUCGCAAUCUAUUCAAAAACGCUAUCCUUAUGUCGGGCGCUGCGCUUAAUUACGGUUUAGUGGUUGAGCCCAACAUUGCUCUCAAGUAUUGGUUAAAACAAUCAAAACUUAUCGGUUGUUGCGAUGAACUCAACGCUUGUGACGAGAAGUUUACGAAACAUACGAUUCAAUGCUUAAGAGAUCAGUCGCCAGAAAAGUUGGCGUCAAUUGUGAACACAUUUCUCGAUAUUAACGACGAGUUCAUAGGAUUUCAGCCGUUGGUUGUAUUUGACGGCUAUUUUCUGCCUAAUAACUCACUUCAAAUGAAUUAUGAAAAUAGUUUUGACACAAAAGUUAAUCUUAUGAUCGGCACGAAAGCAGACGAGGGAUCACCGCUUUUGGCCAUUUUUAUUGAUCCCAAGACAUACCAUCCAAUUACUCCAACGGACAUCACAUUCAAUGAGGCGUUCAAUGAAUUGAAACAAAUAUCAUCGAAAUGGGUAUCAAGAGCUCCAAUCGAUGGUCAAAAUGUGGCCAAACUUUACUUUACGGGUCUUUCGGAUAAUAAUAGUCAGGAUUUGUUGAGACAAACGGUGGGCAAAGCUAUCGGAGACUUAUUUAGCACUUGCCCUACCAUUCAAUUCGCAAAGAAUUUCUACAAUAAAACAAAUUAUAAAAUUGCGAAAGAGAUGCCCUACUGUUCCAAAUGGAUGGGUGUCUGUCACACAUACGACAACUUCCCUAUCUCCCGGUGCCGUGAAUGGAGUGGAAUGGCACCAAUACUAUGCAAU